UCUAUCCUCCCUUCCUCCCCCCGGAUGGUUCAAGGAAGCCCGUUAUCGCUUGAGAAGGGUGCCAUGGUAGGAAGAGGUCACACUCUCUGCGGGCUCGAGUCAACCAAGCUUCCAUCAUGGAGCCCGGCCUUCAAGACGGCGCUCGGGAUGGCCCCGAUGCAUCUUCCCUCAAACCUGUGUCGUCCUUGAGAUCCCACUUUGAGAACAUGAACAAGCCCAAGGAAGAGACAUCGUCAACACCAACCACAGCUACUACACCUGUGCUAGCUCGGCAACGUACACCUUCACCCAAGCCGCCCCCUGUGCCUGACACUCGACCGACUCGACCGAAGAGUAUCAUCUCUCUAGAGGCCGCGAAAUCAAAACCUCAACCGCUAAACCCUCACGAACAUGCUGCUACCGCUACUACGACGGCCACAUCAGCGCUGCGUCCAACCCAGCUUGCGCACCCACCCGUUAGCCCUAGGCCUAUCAAACCACCGGCCGUCUUGAUCGAUCCUCCUCAUUCUCCUCCGAUCAAUAAAACCAUGUCUCAACCAGCUGGGGAUGUCGCUGCUCUUCUAAGCCCUGAUACAACUAAAGCUCCCCCGACGCCAGUCACUCCGUCACGUUCAUUCAAGAUACCCAGUCGGCCUAAUACGCCAGGUCUUGAGGCCAGUCGGGCGUCUCCUCGAGGGACCUCGCCUAAGCCCCCCUCGCCGCCUCCACCACGAAGAUCUGUCGAGUUAAGGCGAGAACGAGAGGCGAGGGUACCACCUACGGUGCCGCCGCCAAUCAACCGAGCUGACAAGCCCAAGCCGUUCAUCGUAGGCGACAGUGCACCCAAGCUGGACCCCAACCCAGCUCCGUUGAGGCCAGAUCAACGGUCACCUUUCAACACACCGCCGAGUACGGCGAGCGUUCCAGAAGACGAUGAGUCGCCGCCGAUGUUGCCAACUCGCCCUGCCCGCCCUACACCACAGAUUUCCAACAUUGCAAGGACCACCACGGUGCCAUCAGCAUUUGAACCCCCUCCAGUCCACCCCGCCGUAGCGAACAAGAGGAGGGAAAUAGACACAAACAUUCCCGCAAAGCUGUCCUCUGCAUCUGACGCUGUCGAGGAUCGCCCAGCACUCCCAUCACGUCCGCAGACAGUUGCUGAACCCGUUCCCAAGAUCCCAGCUAACUCAGUGAUGAAACCACCACCUCGACCUCUCCGUGGUAGUAUUGCUGGCGUUCCUACUGCUAACUCCAUAUCUGUCGAUACCACAAUGCCCGCUCAACAACCGAAGCGAAUAUCAUCCACUCCCACUUCACAAUUCGCGCCACCCCCUACCAGGACUCAUGCCAGGUCCAUGACCGUAGACCAGACAUCUGACAGGGCCCCUGCUAAUUUGCGAGAACCGCCUAAAAGAUUUCCCGCAGCCGGCGUCUCACCUAUUAGCAGUGAACCCCCAAGUACAAGCACAACGCAAACUACUGGGUACCCCGAUACAUCGAGGAUAAAUCGGCGUCCGCCUUUUGCAAAGCAUGGGGUCCAUGAAAUCUAUACUAAAUAUGACACGAGAAAAUUUGACGUCUGCGGAGAGUAUGUGUGCACGAGCGGACAGCUUACACGAGUAUGGAACUUACAUGAUGGUGAGCUUACCGCAAGUUUUCCUCAUGGGGAAGGUAUCAAAUCUACGUGUGUCACAUUCAAACCUGGUCUAAAUGUCAACCAAGAAGGCUUGAGAGUAUGGAUUGGCAACAAUAUUGGGGAAGUUAUGGAAGCCGAUAUCACAACACAGUCAAUCGCUGGCAGUAAGACAAAUAUUCAUGCACGGCAUGAAGUCAUCAAAAUUUUUCGACAUUAUAAUGAGAUGUGGACGCUAGAUGAGGGUGGCACGUUGCAUGUUUGGGGUCCCGACGCUGAUGGAAUUCCAAGCUUGAGUACUGGGCCCCAUCAGACGUACCGACUAGCAAAAGGACACACAUUUUCUAUCAUUGUAGGAGAAGAACUGUGGUAUGCCACCGGGAAAGAGAUCAGGAUCUUUGCGCCUACAGUUGACGGUAAAAGCCAGGUACAAGUCCUCAUGUGGCCUCUAGUCGCCGAAGGCGCUGGCGAAAUAACCUCCGGGGCCGUCACCAACUCACAACCUGGAAAGGUCUACUUCGGUCAUUCCGACGGCAAAGUCAGUAUCUACUCUCAAAAAGAUUUUACGUGUUUAAGCGUUUUGAGUAUUAGCACCUACAAGAUCAAUGCGCUGGCUGGCGUGGGGAACUAUAUCUGGGCUGCAUAUAAUACCGGAAAGAUAUCGAUUUACGACGUUUCAAGUGCGCCGUGGGUUGUUAAAAAGGAUUGGCAGGCUCACAAUGACAGUCCUGCACUGAGGCUUGUUGCUGACCGGGCUGGUUAUUAUCGUCUCGGCCGCCAGCAGAUCCUCUCACUUGGCGCAGAUAAUGUGAUUAGGACAUGGGACGGCUUGCUCGAAGACGACUUCCUAGAGAAUGAAAUGAAGUCAAUGGAUACGCAAUACUGCACCUUUGAAGAUAUUCGAGUUCAUGUCAUGACUUGGAACGCCGGUGCAUCCACUCCAAGUAGCCUACGAUAUAAAGAAUCUGACGCUGCAUUUAUCCAAAACCUGCUACAAUCGAGCGAUUCCCCCGAUAUACUUGUGUUUGGAUUUCAAGAAUUGGUUGACUUGGAAGACAAGACCGCCACAGCAAAGCGCUUCCUCAAUCUGAAAAAGAAAGACACAACCGACCAAGAACGAAUGAGCCACCAGUAUCGGGACUGGAGAGAUUUCCUUGUUCGAAGCCUUGAUGAUUAUAUGCCUGCUGAUCACUUAUAUCACCUCCUCCAUACUGCUACUCUUGUUGGAUUAUUUACCUGUAUUUUCGUUAAGUCAACACUCCGUGACCGGGUCCGAAAUCUCAGCAGCGUUGAUGUCAAACGAGGAAUGGGUGGCUUGCAUGGAAACAAGGGUGCAAUCGUUGUACGGUUCAUGGUAGAUGAUACAUCUUUAUGCUUCAUCAAUUGCCAUUUAGCCGCUGGACAGUCACAAGCUAAUUCGCGCCAUAACGAUAUCGCCGCUAUCCUGGACAGCUCGAUACUUCCCAUCGAGUCGAACCCGACAGUUCGCAUAGACAGCUAUAUUGGUGGUGGCGAUGGUUCCAUGAUUUUGGACCAUGAGCUAUGCCUGCUUAAUGGCGACCUCAAUUAUCGCAUCGACACGAUGUCGCGUGACACGGUGGUAAAUGCGGUGCAAGCCAAUAAUCUCGCUAAGUUACUCGAACGCGACCAGUUACUCGUUGCUCGUCGCAGGAACCCAGCAUUCAGGUUACGAGCUUUUGAUGAGAUGCCAAUUCAGUUUGCCCCAACCUACAAAUACGACGUCGGCACUGACAACUACGACACCAGUGAGAAGAAGAGAUCUCCAGCGUGGUGCGAUCGCCUCCUUCAUCGAGGGUCCGGCAGGAUACAACAACUUGACUACCGUCGGCAUGAGGUCAGAGUGUCGGAUCACCGACCCGUGACUGGCCGGUUCAAGUUUACUAUCAAAACCAUAUCGCCCAAGAAGCGCACCUUGGCUUGGGCGGACUGCCAACAACUAUUCGAGGACCACAAGAUGAAAGAGGCAAAUGAGGAAAAGCUCUCGUAUCUCAUGAAUGUUAUCGGGUAUGAUUUGACUACAAGUCAAGGUCUGAUUCAAAAUCAGUCUAAAAGGAGUAAUGGCAAUACGAGCCAUAACGGCAGAUAGAAUGCCGUGUUAGUGAGUGGCAUGAGGAGAGCGGGCCUCUCUAUAUCCGGUGCCUCAUAGAUUUACAAUAAGAUCUUUCUCGAUGGCGCUCAGGGAAGCUCAGCAUUGAAGUGGGAUAUCCAAUAUAUUGUAAGCGAGACGGUGGCUCGCUAACUAAUAAUACUGUUGCUCGCAGCUUCGUGUUCCCGAAACCUGAAGAAUGAGCAAACUCGGCUGCUUGUUUGAGCGAAAAGUCGACCUCUUAUAAGUUGUUCUGCAUAACCGGAAAUAGCACUACAGCGGGAAUAACUAGACUAGCGUUUUACCUUUUGUCAACAAAACAUAGACGACGUUAAGCCUCAUUUUGUACAACUUGCGAGCGUCUCCAGAGAUGUAUGGCUAUUGCCUACUUCGCUCCAGCCUAGUG